AAUUCCUUCCAUUUAUCUAGUUGGAAAAUAGCUGUAAUGAAGGUCUGGCAGAUAGCAGCAGGUUGGUCACACCUCCACCAGACCCACGACAUGAAGUUCCUUCAGUUGUGCUCUCAUUAAAAAGCCAAACGAGAAACAAUUUUUAACUUUUGCCAAGCAGAAAAUGGCCCAUCUUUAUUAAUAAGACAUAGGGAACAUUUAUAAAGAAACAUCCUUUCAUUUAAGAUCUCCUUCCUUCCCUCCAAAGAGACCCGGUUACCAGGGUCAGAGCGACCCGCACCAGCGGAGCCUGCUGGCGCCGAAGCGCAGCUGCAUUCGGGCCGAUCAGAGCAGAAUGUAAAUGACCUCUGCCACACUUUCAUCAGAAAGCACUUCUUCUUCUUCUCUCAUGCCAUCCUGCCCCUCCCAUCCCUCUCUCCCCCCCUGGAGAAAAAGGGGAAAGUCAUUAGGCACAAAUGGGGUGGAGAGAGCUGUGGGUUGCCAUAGCCGUGAGAGUCGGGGCAGAGCUCUGCGCCGCCGCGCUCCUCGCUGCUCACAGAACAACAGCAUGAAGUUGAAUGAACAUCCUUCAGGACGGGACGCCAUGAGGCUCUGAAACCUCAUUGGACUGCAGGAACCUCUAAGGAAGGCUCCACUGUGUGUGAGAGUCGAUGGGGAACGCCGUGCGAGGCGCCAUCGCCUUCAUCCCGUCUGAACGCUGCCAGCGCUUCCUGGUGGGGGACUUGAAGGAGAUGCCGCUGGACAGGACCCUGGACCUGAGCGGCCGUCAGCUGCGCCGCCUGCCUGCGGUCGCCUGCGUCUUCCACGAGCUGGUGAAGCUCUACCUGAGCGACAACCACCUGAGCAGCUUACCGCUUGAGCUGCAGGGUCUGAGGAAGCUGCAGCUCUUGGCUCUGGACUUCAACUGCUUCGAGGAGUUUCCUCCGGCGAUUUGCGGGCUGCCACAGCUCAACAUCCUCUACCUGGGUAACAACAGGCUGCAUCACCUGCCCAGAGAGCUGAAGGAGCUGAAGGAACUCAACACCCUGUGGCUGGAAACAAACUGCUUCACUGAUUUCCCUCAGGUGGUGUGUGAGCUCACCAAUCUGAAAACGUUACACCUCGGCUACAACCUGAUCCGCAGUUUGCCUGAUGAGCUGCGGCGGCUGGAGGAGCUGCGGAGCGUCUGGCUGGCUGGGAACCAGCUGACCGACUUCCCCCCAGUGCUGAUGGAGAUGCCCUUUCUGGCCGUGAUAGACGUGGACCGCAACAAGAUACGACAAUUCCCCAGCCUCUCUCACAUGCAGGGGUUGAAGCUGGUCAUCUACGACCACAACCCGUGCAUCAACGCCCCCGCCGUGGGCGAGGGGGUCAGGAGAGUGGGGCGCUGGGCGGACAGUCCCGAUGACGAGAAGGAGGAAGAUGGAACUAAAGUUGUGAGCGAAGCUCCACCUGAGGAGGGGGAGGUCUGCGCUGAGGAUCAGCAGGACGCCUGAGCGGCCCUCGGAUGGGGGGCCGUGUGGGCCCCCGGCGCCACAAAAGGGCGUGGCCUGGAUCCCUCUGUUGCCGUCUGUGGUGAUGGAGAUGUUUAUGAAGCUCGCCACACAAAACAAACGUCUGAUUGACGAGAACAAUGUACACCGUGACAGAUCACGUUUGGCCUGCUUCUUCUGUUUUACAUUAAAAUUGUUUUUUUUUUUUAAUUAAAUUUGAGCAACAAAACAACAAUUUUAUUAGAAUAUAUAUUUACAGCAACAAAUGAAAACACAAUCCAGAAGAUGAUUCUCAACUGGAAGUUUUUCUGAAGCAUAAAUUUGGGACUCUGCAGUAAAAAUGCAUUUACACCUAAAAGAAAAUGGAAGUAAAAAAGAACAAAAAGCCUGUUUGAAUCCAUGUGACGGAUGACGUCAGCCGCAGAGUGCCUCAUUGAGACAGAUGCAUAAUUUAUCUGAUAAAACUGCGCUGUGGCUUUGGAUAAAGACUGCUAAUGGGCCUUAAUAUCAUUGCCAUAAGCUUUGGGUUUGAAAGAGAAAAUAAAAGCCGGCCGUGGUUCCCCAGAGAACCAGGAAAUGUUCUGCAGAUUAAAUAUAUUUCUUCUGCAUCCGAUUUGAGGCUUUUUGAAUCCUUAUGAGAAAAUGGAAUAUUGUACUUUAUAGAAGCAGCAAACAGGUUAUUUCUAGAGUAAACGUAACACUUAGAACAAAACCAGUUUUCUGUUUUUAUGGGAUUUAGUAGCAAAUAAAGCUAAUUAUUAUGCAUUUUGGAAAAGCUCGUUCUCUGUUUCCUGACACAAUAAAUCAAUGUUUUGAUAUAUAAGGAGAUUAAAUACAUUUAAAUAUUGCUUUAUUAGUUUUUUUCUUAUAGCUAAUUAUUUAAUUCCCUGAUAGUUUUUCAUUCUUAUAAAAUUCAAAAUUAUAAUAUUGGAAGAAAAAUUAAAGUUGUGAGCAGCAUAAAAUGGUCUGCAGGCCCCACCCACCCUUUGACCCGCCCCUCAAUCUUCCCCUUCUGCCCCUCCCCCUUUAUUUUUAAAUAAUGGCUUUUCUGAUUGUUUUAUCUCCAGAGUAACCAUUUUAUGUAUUAAGUACCUCGGGGGGACAAACUGUCAUUUGUAGAGGAAUCAGCAAAAUUAAACUUUUGAAUUUCCUCACCAACCAAGGUUUUUUGUUAACCACGCCCACAUUCCUUAUACAGUGAGGCAAAAAAGUAUUGAGAGAGGCCUGCAAUUGUCAUCAUCAACUAUGAGAGACAAAAUGAAGAAAAAAAUUCAGAAAAUCACAUUUUUAAUGAAUUUAUUUGCAAGUUAUGGUGAAAAAAAGUAUUUGUUCCAAAACAAACAAGUAAGAUUUCUGUCUGUAACUUCCUCUGUAUAGGAUUCUCUGUCCUCCAGUCGUUACCUGAAUUAAUGGCACCUGUUUAAACUCAUUAUCCAUAUAAAAUACACCUGUCCAUAACCUUAGUCACACUCCAAACUCCACUAUGGCUAAGACCAAAGAGCUGUCGAAGGACUCCAGACACAAAAUUGUUGACCUGCACCAGGCUGGGUGGAAUGGAUCUGCAAUAGGUAAGCAGUUUGGUUUGAAGAAAUCAGCAAUUAUUAGGGAAUGGAAGACAUACAAGACCCCUGAGAAUCUCCAUUUUUAUUUUAUUCUAUUUAACCUUUAUUUUACCAGGAGGUUCAAUUGAGAACAAAUUCUUGAGAUCUGUGUAGGAGCUGACAAACUCCAGUUCAGAGCCGUCCACACAGGUGAUCCUGAAGGGAAAGGUGACACCAUUCUUCAGGUCCUGGAGUGGACUAGCCAGUCCCCAGAUCUAAACUCAGAGAAUAUCUUUGGAGGGAGUUAAAAAUCCAUGUUGCCUAGUGACGGCCCCAAAACACCUCUGCUCUAGAGGAGAUCUGCAUGGAGGAAUGGACCAGAAUACCAGCAACAGUUUGUGGAAACCUUGUGAAGACUAACAGAAAAUGUCUGACUGCUGUCAUUGCCCACAAACGGUAUGGAACAAAGUUUUAGAUGAACUUUUGUUACUUAUUUUUCCACCAUAAUUUACAAAUAAAGUCUUUAAAAAUCAGACAAUGUGAUUUUCUGGAUUUUUUUUUCUCAUUUUGUCUCUCAUAGUUGAGGUAUAACUAUGAUGAAAAUUACAGGCCUCUCAAAUCUUUUAAAGUAGGAGAACUUGCUGACUAGUUACGUUUUUGACCCAACAUAUGGUCAUAUUAGAUGUUUUUGUACAGCUUGAGCCAAGGAUUUAUGCAUUAAAUUGUCACAAUAUUCAAGUAAAAAAUGUAGAAAGAACUGGAGCAUGACAGUUCUGCGAGCUAACGCUGCUCAAAAUCUAUAACCUCUAAUUUUUUUAUUUUUUUUUUCCAUGUAGCUUCCCAAUGAUGCUCAAUGAGUCAAGAUGAGACAGAUCAAAAUCACAAGGAGUUUUAUUUCGUAGUAGAUACUAAACGUAUUUUUUUUUUUUAAUUCAAGAUGGCGGCCUUUUCCUGAGGUCAAAUGUAAUGGUUGAAGACUUAACCUGGUGGCAUAUGCGGGAAAUUUCAAGUUUUUUUUUUUUUUUCCGUAUUGUGUGAAAAUGUGAAAAUCAAUUUCACACUUUGCUACAAAAUGACAAGCCGUAGUUCCUGUGGCCAUCCCAUAAUUUCAAAACUUCCUUUGGAUAUCCCAACACAUUCAGUCAGGAUUCUUUCAUCCAGUUGUUGAUGUGUUGCUGGGUAGACCUUUAGACAGCUUCAAUAAUACAAUUAAUUUAAAAACCUGUUUCCUACGGUGGCUCUGAAGUCCAAAUUACAAACUCAAAAAGCAAACAAAACGAAAAGAUUUUAGAGAUCAUGAUUAAAAAAA